AGUAAAGGAAGAUUUAAUGACAAAAAUUAUCCAGGUUCCUAUCACAUCAAAGCCUUUGCCUGCUCUCCUUGCGCCGCCCACGACAAACAUGGAAGCUUCUUUCAGCUCAUGUUAUUCCUCUUCGUCCUGUUUUUCUUCGCCAAUCCAUUCUGCAACAGACGCAAGCAGCAUUCAAAGUAAACUGCCCUCUGAACCAUCUCCUCAGCCUAUUUUAUUACCACAGAUCAUGCCAUCCACCACUUCCUAUUAUUCGGUUACUCAAGCACAAUCCAAAGAAAUCCAAGAACUUCGUCAGGACCUGAUCAAACUUAAUCAAAAGUACAUUCAGCAAAUCGAACGCAUUCAAAUUGCUGAACAAGCACGGCACCAAGUAGAAUCAGAACUAGAGGACUUAUCGCUACGACUGUUUGAGCAGGCAAACGAGAUGGUUGCUGAGGAAAGAAAAAAGCGAUACUAUGCAGAAAAGAAGGUAGCACAGCUGGAACGAGAACUAGGAGCUGUCAAAGAGGAAUUAGAGAACGAAAAGGCUCAGCUGAGUGAAUUAAGAGAACGGUUUGAAGAAAAUAGUACUGAAGAGCAUGGAUUCGCUUUGACCGAAAGAACCAGUCCAUAUACCAAAGCAGAAGAUUCAGUUUCUAUUAUACCCCAUACACUUGGUCUUUCUUCUCCCACAUGCCUAGAUAAUAGCUGGCUCAAUGUCUUUAAAGAUUUCCUGACUUUGGCGCCUACAACACCUAUCGAAUCAUUACAUAAACUACCGUUUAUGAAGCAAUGCCUUGACCUUGAUAUUGAACCAUGCCUUCGUUUUGGAAAUGCAAGAUCAAAUAGUCGGCUUUCAUUUCGCAAAGUGUUUGAUGCCAUUAUUCAUCAACCCUGCUUUAUCGAAUCAGAGCCCUCGGAGAAACGGCCCUCCCAAGACAAUGAAGUCAAAAGACAAACAUCAUUGACAAGAAGACAUUCUUUUGCAUUUUCUUUUAGCAAUAAAUCACGUACGCAACCAGUGUACGAACCUAUUCAGCAUUGCUAUGGAUGUAGAACGGAAUUAGGUAAAGACGCUUUGUUUCGAUGCCGCCUAAAGGAGCAAGAUCAUGAAUGGUUUUGGAUUGAUAGAGCGUGUCGUGAUCGACUUGUAGCCGUGUGCAACUUUUAUGUAUUUAUUCGUCAUAUACAAUCAGGGUUACAAAGUCAAAAGACAAUAGAUUGUUUGUUUAGAGAAUGCAUCUGGCUACGACUCUAUAUGUUUUGGGCAAGGUCUGGUAUUCAUCAUUCAACACAUGCAAUGGCUUUUUAAAACAAUGUACAAUAAACCUGUAUACAAC